AUGGAAUCACUGCACCAGAAGGAUCAUCAAACCAUUCUUACACGAUUCUCAAAAUACUCGGAACAGAUUCCAGAUGAUCUCAUUACCGAGAUACUCUUGAGAUUACCGUCGAGAUCUAUAGCGAGAUUCCGUUGCGUAUGCAAGUUAUGGGCUUCCACAAUCAGCCGUCAAGAUUUUACAAAGUCCUUCCGGGCGAGAUCUUCUUCUCGACCGCAGAUCUUGUUCGCCUGCGGAAAGAAUAAUCUCAAGUUGUUCUUGUCUUCCUCACCUCAGCCUCAUCAAAAUACAGAUGUGAACUCGUCUUCUAUAGCUGCCAGCUAUCAUAUGAAUUUGCCGUGUGGACGUUUCUAUACAUUAGGACAUAUCGGUUCUUUGGUCUAUGUUAGAGAAGGUAUGUCUUUGUGGAAGAUAUGUAACCCUAGUACUGGACAAUGCUUUACUUUACCAGAAGUGAAGAUACAUAGUUGGAUAAGAACAUUUUUUGGGUAUGAUCCGAUUGAGAAACAAGUCAAGGUAUUGACAAUAACAGGAGAACAUGGAGAAGAUAACCAUCAAGUUCUGACAUUAGAAACUGAUAAAAUGUCUUGGAGAACGAUUGAAUAUGACACACCUCAUUCUCCUAUAUCUGCUGGUGUAUGCAUCAAUGGUGUUUUGUACUACAGAGCUUAUGAGCAUUCCUUGCCCGACCCUUGUAUGAUGAUCGUGUGCUUUGACGUAAGAUCUGAGAAGUACAGCUUUAUUAGAGUUAGGGAAAGUUCCCUUGGAGCAAUGGAACCUGAAACGACAACUCUGAUAAACUACAACGGUCAACUGGCUUCACUUGAGAUGCAAAGAAGUUUUUCUGAAGCAAGUACAAGUUUUGACUUGUGGGUUCCACAAGACUCCGGAAAAGAAGAAUGGUCGAAACAUACUUACAAGUUUCCCAUGUUGAGGAAUGAAGCUAUACACGACACGUUAUACUUUAUUGUAGGUACAAAUGAAAUUGUGUUAAUUCCGAGAAAAGUAUCCGACCCUUUUUAUGUUUUUUACUACAAUCUCGAGAGGAAAACUAGCAGAAGUGUUGAAAUCCGAGGAAUGAAAGAGGUUAAGGGUAAGAAACUUUUCGCUUAUGUAGAUCAUAUAGAGGACUUGAAGCUUAUGUAA